AUGGAGGGCGAGGACGCGGCGGAAGAGGAGCUGCGCCUGCUGGAGGCAAUGGGCAGCGUGUCCACCGCCAUGCAGCAGUUCAAUCAGGUGCUGGCCAAGCUCAACCGACAAACUGUGGAGCUGUCCAAGGAGCUGGGCACGGCCGAGAGGCAGCUGAACGCGCUGUAUCUUCCUUUCCAAGCCGCUAUUUAUGCGAUGCAGAGCUCUAGCGACCGCCGGAGGACGACGCUGUCAGUGCCGACAGUGACGGCCGUUGCCACGCCCGAUGCCCAGCGGACAGAGCUGUAGACGCUGAGCGACGACUUCCACUUCCUGUAGCUUGUGUGACUGAUAGAGCAAUGGCCAGUUGAUGGUGCGUGUAUGUAGUCUGUAGUUUUGUUGUUU